AAAAACUAGAAAAAUGGGGAAUGUUAGGAGGGCCAACAACAAGAAUUAUAGAAUAUAUUGAAAAGCUUAAUGAAACAAAAUUACGUAGUUUCUCAUCAUAUAAAACCCUGGAUGAGCUAAAAGACGUCCUUCGCAAGUAUAAAGUCAACGGUGAAAAAAUUACAUUUAUAAAGCAAUUUAAUCCAGUUUACGAAGAAAUUGGUGAUGGUGAUAAGGAUCUCAAACAGUGUAUGAAAGAAAUUAUAUUGAGACUUUCGAAUUUGGAAAUCAUGCAAGAUAGUACCAAUGAAGCUACCCGCUGUAUUUUUAUUACAUCUAUCCUGAAUGCUUCAAUAGCAAUUACACGAAAACUUACCAAUGAUGAAGAAAUAUAUAUUGCGUACCAAGAUGAUGUAUCUGGUGAAGAUAGUGUUGGACGUGUUGAUUAUUCAAUCAGAGGAAAUGAGGAUCUUAUAUGUAUAGCUGAGGGAAAGCCACGUAAUGUUGAAAUCGGUUAUCUCCAAAAUAUAAAGCAACUGGAAAGUGCAAGCAUUAUGAAUAAAAGGAAACGAAACGCAGAACAGGCAUUUCAAAAUGAUGAUGAUGAUUAUCUUUACGGAAUAGUCUCUACAGCUACGGAAUGGCAUUUUAUUAAACUUUGUGCAGAAGGGCUAUAUUGUACCAGUAAAAGUGAAUACCGAAUAAAUUUAUCCAAAACUGCAUUAAAGGAGGAUCUUGAAUCGAUUAAGAGGGGUGUUAAAAAGGUGGUUGGGGUUGUUGUUGGUCUUUUGAGGGAUAGGAUUACAAUGUGUGAUGAGCAUGAAAUUAAAAAACGUCGUAUCCAAGAAUCUAAAAAAUGA